AUGGCUGGAGCUUCACAACCUGCCAAUUUCUCUGAUAUUCAUUGUGAUAUUCCCGAAUUUAAGGGUGACAACUAUAAAGUAUGGAAGGAGAGAAUUCUUCUCCAAUUAGGGUGGAUAGAUAUUGAUUAUAUUAUUAGGAAAGACGAAACACCUAAAAUUACUGAUGCGAGCACUGCAGAAGACAUUGCGCUUUAUGAAAAAUGGGAGCGAUCUAAUGACUUCAGUCAUGACAAGGUCCAGAACUUGAGAAAGGCCAUUGACGAUCAAUUCCUCACUUCAGAUAAGGCAUUGGCAAGCACCCUUAUAAUGAAGUUUUCAUUCUUAAAGCUCACUAGUGUGAAAGGUGUGAGCGAGCACAUCAUGCAAAUGAGAGACAUUUCUGCUCAACUUAAGAAACUCGAGGUUGAGAUGUCUGAAUCCCUCCUUGUGCAUUACAUCUUGAAUAGUCUCCCACAAGGGUAUGGACUUUUCAAAAUUUCAUACAAUACACAUAAGGAUAAAUGGUCAAUUAAUGAAUUAAUGACUAUGUGCGUUCAAGAAUAA